GAGCGCGAGAUGGAGAGAGGGGGUGGGGGUUACUUACACCGAGUCGGGGUGCCGGUGAGUGAUGUUGCCGCUAUAGGUGGAGGUUGUACGGGAGCGUGUUGGGAUUAAAGCUGUGCUCAUCGACGGCUCCCUUGCUGCGCCGGUCAGCGUGACGCACGGAAAGACGCGCAGUGACUGGAGUUAAAUUGGAUUGGAGCCAGUGGCAGCGGAGGAAUCACCAAGUUGAGACGCUGUGAGAGCUUGUGGUUGUUUAAGAAGGAUUCUCCCAUCUUACAAAUGUUAUUGUGUGAUAAGUUUGAGCAGAAAAUAACGAAACGGAGCGUGUUUUUGUGCGGAAUGCAUUUCCUUAAACUGCAAUAAGAGAAAAGGUCAAGUGGACGCAGUGUUGGGCUGCGAAGAGAUUUGCACCGUGGAACGAGCGGAAAAAAGCAUGCGCCAGGCGCAGUAGAAAUCUGGGUAAACAAAUAUGACGGCCGGUUUUGGCGUUAUCUUAGGUCUGCUGAUGAGCUACGAUAUCACCGACAGAAUUAUAAACCUCGGAUAAAUUCUGGAAUCUACUUAACAUUUUCUGGAAAGAGAGAGCGAGACGGGAUCUAAUCCAGGUAGCGCAUCUCUCUCUGGCUGCGCGUAAUGGGAGAAAACUUUUGGACCUUGCAGAGGAGACGCGCAAGCAGCAUCCCGCCGACGACGCUUUUGUAAAUACCAUGUAAAUUCUUCUUUUAUGCGCAACUGGCCAAGUUUGAAAGUGAAUUUCAAACAUUCAGUAUGACUUGAAACACCACAGAGCAUCAAAGCCAGUUAAUUAUCCCAUGAGCCGCCGACCCGAUUUUGUCAGAAGACACGCAGGAGGACAUUGAUGAUCUAGAGAGGAUUUCUGGAGCAGCGACAGCAGCGCAGUGAAAGCCUGAUAUCAGUUAGAAAUAAAAAGACUCCCCCUAGAUGUCUAUGAUGUUGUGCCAGCUCGGGCAGAAGUGUGUGAUGGAGGUGGUGUUGCUGGCCAUCCUGUCUUGGGUGUCCGUGUGGGCGGAGGAGAAGAUCAUAUUUGACAGACACGCUGUUUACUGGAAUAGCUCCAACCCCAAGUUCUGGCAUGGAGAGUACAGAGUGGCAGUGAACAUCAAUGACUAUCUAGACAUCUACUGUCCAUACUAUGAGGGUCUUCCAUCCCAUGGACGCAUGGAGCGCUACAUCCUAUUCAUGGUCAACCAUGAGGGCUACACUUCCUGCCAGCACAGGAUGCGUGGCUUUAAGCGCUGGGAGUGCAACCGUCCCACUGGUCCUGAUGGGCCCCUGCGCUUCUCAGAGAAGUUCCAGCUCUUCACUCCUUUCUCCCUGGGCUUUGAGUUCAGGCCUGGACACGAGUACUACUAUAUCUCAUCUCCUCACCCAAACCAUGUGGGGCGGGCAUGUCUAAAGCUGAAGGUGUAUGUCAGACCUCCAGAUGGGUCAGGAUAUGAUUCUCCGGAGCCUUUCCUGACUGAUGGAGGUUCAAGCCGGAGGGCAGGGUCCAUGACCCUGUUAGCUGCUCUGGCUUCACUCUUCCUGGGACUCUUCUACUGGCUGUGACCUUUCUCUCCUUCUUCAUGGAGCUCCCACCCAGGGAUAAUGGGCUGGGUUGGCUGUCCCUCUAAAUCCACCACCCCUCAGGGAAGCCCUCUGUCUCCGUUCCGCUCCCACCGCCACCUCAAUACAACCACCAACCACCCCCACUGCCAGCAUCCUUCAUGGCCCAGCCACGGACACCCUUCACCGGCCGGGCUGAGAGAGCUGGGUCUUGAGUUGUCUGGGAAGUUGUUCAUCUCUGGUCCCUGAAUUCCAGGUGGAACAGCACCUCUCAGCUGAAAAACACAGGAGAAAUGUCUCUGCACUCAUAUCAGGGGGUCCUUUUGAUUUGACUAUUGACUCUUGGCCACUGAUGGGGUAGAUGUCGCCAUGGCUAUGAUUAAACUUGUCGUUCUGGGGCAAUUCCAAUCAUGCAAUCACGGCAGGAUGCAUUAAGCGAUAGGCCUGGAUGCACAAAAAUUGAAUUUUGCUCACAUUGCUAUCCCAUCCUCAAACCAAGAAUUGAAAGUGGCCAACCUUGCAUUGUAAUUGGAAUUCUAUUCUAUCUGGAACAAUUCCAGCUGCAACAACAAUAAGAGCGAUUGCAUAGAGGAGAGGAGCACAGUGGCUCAGCCUGUGUAGAAAAGAGGGGGAAACAAUGCGAGCACAGAUUUAAAUGAAUACGGCCAUAUGGGAAAUGUAAUAUUAUAUGUGUUGAUAUUUUCGGACCCAGUGUAGAGUCACUGCAAUAUGAUAUAAAAAUCAUACAUUUUGAUUUCUAGAAGAGGCUCAGAUAACUCAUUAAAAUGACAAGUAUAACCAUAGCCGGUUUCAUUGGGAGGGUGUGGGGGUGUUUGGGGUAGGUUCGAUGAGAUGUAGAUCUUCAGGUGGGAUGUGUUCUGUCUUAUUCAUGUUUCUAAACAAAGCAUUUAUCACGGCCUGGCCAGCACAGGCAUCUUCAGCACUGUCUAAUGUUGACUGGGUCGGGUGACUUUUGGAACCAUGAUUUUCUCAUGUAUGAAUGUACCACUGGUCACCCACCUCUUUGUCUUUCUGUAUUAUUAUGACUGUGGUCACUUACAGUACCUUCUCUCAGACUGGCAGGAUGAAAGAGUUGGGGCUUUAAAAAGAUGUUAUGUGGGAGUUGGGGGGGGGGGGG